CGGAGGAGAGCGAGAGAGGAACCCCGGGGCGGGGCGGGGCGGGGCGGCGAUGCGCAUCUUCUCCCCGGAGGAAGAGACCCCCUUUCAAGGCUGCGUGGCGAUUCGUCAGCUCUCAGAAAACGACAGCGCAUCUACUUCGGGAGCAAGUCCUCUCGCCUCCGGGGGAAUCUUGAGAGCUAUCGGCUGCGUUCCGUGGUAAAGGGACCCCCGCACCGGGUUCAGGUUGCAGGUGAGGGGCUGCCUGUUGGAAUGCUCUCCUGCGGGAGGAAACAGAAUGACCCUUGCACAUAGGAAAACUGCCCAGGAUGAAAAGGUGGACUGGACCCUUCUUAUAGUCAGGAAGUCUCAAUUUUUUUUUCCUGAGGUUGAGCUAUUUAUGCAAAUAUGGGAACCCACACCCGCAGCAGCUUUAAGGUACCGUCGAGGCAAAGCUGAUGUACUUGAGAGUCUAAAGGACAGGGAAAUUAAGGUUUAUUGGGCAAUCUAACAGAUUGGGAAAUUUAUUGCACUGUAAGUUUUUGUGGGUUAGAGCUAUACUCUGUGGAAGCUUAUGGCACAACAAAUCUUUUAAUGUACCACAAUACCCAUUUAUUUAUUUUGCUGCAACAGUUUAACAGGGGUGCCAGUCUGCACAUCUUUUACCAUUGGAGUCUGAUGAAUACAAUAAUGUCAAUCACUUAAAAAUAAACAUGCACAGGUUGGUGGUACUUACUCAGCUGUUACCAGUCUGUCCAACUCAUAAUUGAGGAAGUUAAAUGGUUCUUCUUGACAAUGCGUGGCUUCCAUUGGCAUCAGAAUUAUUAUUAUUUUGGGAACUUUUUAAUGUUUGAUGUUUUACUAUGUUUUUAUAUGUGCUGUAAGCUGCCCAGAGUAUCUGGGGAAACCCAGCCAGAUGGGGUGGGGUAUAAAUAAUAAAAUUAGUAUUAUUAUUAUUCCAAAGUAAUGAUUCUGAAUAUGGGACCAGGACUGUCAUUAUUUCACAGAGCAAUUCUGAGUAUCAGACAUCAUCAUCAUCAUUUUUAAUUUGUAUACCAUCUUUCUAUCUUACAAUACUCAAGGCGGUUUACAGACUGAAGAAACAAAAAAUGUACAUCUUAUAACAAUCUAAUGCAAUUCAAAAAUGUGAUAUGUUGUAUUUACUAUUAAGGUGAUAAAAGGAUGAGAUUUGGUUAUAUUUUCAGCGCAUUCUUACCAAUGGAGUGACAUGAAAUCAUGGAAUGGUAAUUAUCCCAGAAUAAUUAACAUAUAGAACAAGGGUAUGGCCAGAUGUGUAUGUAUGUUGGACCUAUGCAUUUGUUUUUCUCAGGGCCAGUCCUACCAUUAGGCAGAACGAGGUGACUGCUUUAGGUGGCAGGUACUGGGACAUAAGUGGGUGGGCACUCCUUUAGCUGUCUUCCGUUAGCCAGUCCACAUUCCCUUCUGUUGGAGGACAGAGCUGUCCAUGUUACACCGGCUAUCCUAGCCUUCCUAAACUAGCCAGCUACUGAGUGCUGUAGAACAGGGGUAGGCAACCUAAGGUCUGGGGGCCAGAUCCAGCUCAAUUGCCUUCUAAAUACGGCCCGUGGACGGUCCGGGAAUCAGUGUGUUUUUACAUGAGUAGAAUGUGUCCUUUUAUUUAAAAUGCAUCUCUGGGUUAUUUGUGAGGCAUAGGAAUUCAUUCAUAUUUUUCCCCAAAAUAUAGUCUGGCCCACCACAUGGUCUGAGAGACAGUGGAUCGGCCCAUGGCUGAAAAAGGUUGCUGACCCCUGCUGUGGAAGAUGCUAUCCAAUGUUGAAGCAACAAUCAACUGGCAGUUCAGUCUGCUGCUGUAUAUGGCACAGGGAGGAGGCAGCAUCUUGUCCUUUGCCCACAACUGCAGAAUGUCAUAGGCCAGCCCCAAGCAAUAGAUUUUCAGUGCUGCCUCUCCCAUAAGAUCCCCGCUCCCAUUCCUGCGAUAGGAUUCAUUUUGCUCACUUAAUCUUCCUUUAUUGCUAAUCUCAUAAAGACCCAGAAGGUGAAUUAGGGAUAUGUAUGGGCUCCAGGCAGCCGCUUGGUUUUGGCUAGUGGUCACUGUGCCCAAAGUUUCUCUGUGUAGGAUUAAUGCUCAGCUUAAAUGGGCUAUGGAUUGAACUGCUUGUCACCAUACAAUCUUUACAAAUUUCACACUUCUAAUGUUGAUGAAAAAAUACCUGAUGCUGUUUGACCUGCAGUUUUUGAUUUUAAUGUUUUCACGAAGUCUACAUGAAAUUUAAGGUAGUUUCUCAGCUUAAAGAGAAAUCAUCAGGAAGUUUAUUCGGCUUUACGCCCAUCAUAAAACACAACACAACAAAAUAAAUCAAAUAAAACAGCGGACUCGUUCAAGCCACAAAUAAUAAAACACAAUUCACAGCUCACAAGGACAAAUAUUAACAAUUAAAAAGAACAGUUUAAGAUAAUGAUUAAAAAUUUAGGCACUACGCUAAAAUCAAUAUCAGAUGUCAUUAUAAAAAAAAUUAUAACUAUAAAUAAUCUGCUAACAUUCCAUUCCGUCUCUUGUACGAGAGGACGGCUGUUAGGAAUUUAGCGACCUGUAGAGUAAUAUGAGGAUCCACAUCUUGAAGAACCCAGGCAAGCUGUAGGUCAACUGGUUUGUCAGCCAUAGGCUGGAUUAUGGAAUUUAGUAUACUAGCACGAGCCGAACUGUACAUAGGGCAGAUAAACAUAACAUGAUGUAGAGAUUCAGAUGUUUUAAUUUCACAAGCACACAUUGAAGAGACUUGGCCCUGAGUAAAUCUAUGUCUCAGCACGUUUGUUGGAAAAACAUUAAACCUAGCUUUAAUGAAGGCAUAUCGGUGAGACGCGGCCGUAAGUGAUGUUAAAUAGGACGGAGCACGGUAGAUAGGGGUUAUGCCGAAAUUUAACGGCGAGCAAACUCCACCACCAGCUAAGAAAUUUUGGUAUAGCUCCGCAUCAUCCAGCCUUUGAUUUAUACACCUUUUUGCCGCAUUUAGAUCCAGUUUGAGCAAUUCAGUGGGCGAGAUCUCAUAGGACAGCAAUUUGGCAUGAAUUUUUCCUGACCACAAAUUUGUGAAGUCAUCCCGCCACAUGCAUUGAAUGAGAUAGUGGUUCGGGAGUUUAUGCCAUAGGGAUAUCCAAUAAAUCAAAACUUGCCUCCAUAAAACUAACUCCACUGAGGGGAUCUUCGCUUAAAGAGAAAGGUGAAGGCAGAUUUAGAAAUUAAGGUGUAGAUACAGUUUUGCACUUGGACUGACAGUGUUUAUUGUUGAUUCGAGAAAUGCUACAUCCUGUAUAAAAAUGUUUAAAUUUACCACUUUAGUUAGUCUCAAAAUCUCAACAGUCUCAGCUUAGAUCCUGAUACCAAACACACAUUACAUGAAAGUUAUUUGUUUGGAUUUCAAUGAAAUUUUAAGUUUCAUGACAUGAUCCCAAUUUAAAAUCUGCAAACAAAAACAAUAGAUUAACACAGUGCAGCACAGUGUUUCAUGCCCCUGGCCUUCUAACAGAUUGCCAAUGUUAUGAGCUUUGAUAGCAUACUACUUAUUUGAAGUGGGAUGUUUGAAUCCAAGCUCUUCCUGUCCCAUAUAUCCUGACAGAGAAAGAGGUCUUGGUUCAGUCCCUUCUCCCUGCACCCCAGCUGACUGACACUGUCAAAACUGAGAGCUAUGUAAUCUCUCAAGCUAUGUGCACCCAGAUCCUAAUCAGUCAUUGCAAACUACAAACCUUCAAAGCUGAAUACAGAUCUAGCCUCAGAAACCACACACAGAGGUGGUUAUUGCAUGUGUGGUUCCUGAUCAGCCGGCCUGUGCUUAUACUGUCCUUGUUGUACCGGUAUUAUUGAACAUGUUUUUAGUGUCACACUGUUUGCCAUUUCAUGUAAGCUACUUAAAAUUAUACUUAUUGUUUCCAUUUCUACAAAGAUAUUUAAGCAAUGGCUUCAUUAUAAAUUAUUUUGAAUUUUCAGGACAGUCCUCAAAAUGCUCAAAGCAAAAUGAAGAUUUCCUUUCUUUAUUCAGGGAGGAUAGAGAGGGAGAGAAAGAAAAUUACUAGCAUACAGUACUUUAAAGUGGGGAAAACAUCUGUGGUGGUUGUUUCCUUUAAAAAAAACUUGUUUUCUCAGAUAUAAUCUUUGGAUUCUGUUUAUUUUUUCACUAAAAUAGAUAUAUUAAAAAACCAUGGGCAACCCGGAGGUAAUAACUGAAGCAUAUGUAGCUGUAAUCCGCCCAAAGAAUGCUGCAAGCCUGAAUUCUCGUGAAUAUCGUGCUAAAUCAUAUGAGAUUUUGUUGCUUGAAGUUCCCAUCGAAGGACACAAGAAAAAAAGAAGAAAAAUGUUGCUGGAAACUAAAAUUCAAGGAGGUGGCGAUAUAUCCCAAAAGAUCUUGGAUUAUAUAAUAGAAACCACCAAACCAAUUUCACCAGGAAAUCAAGGUGUUAAAGGAAAACGAGUUCUGUUAAUGAAGACUUUCCCUCUUGAUGGCGAGAAGGCAGGCAAGGAUGCAUCCCUUUUUGUUGUACCAACAGUAGUCAAAGAUAAUACAAAAUAUGCCUACAGUCCUGGAUGUCCAGUUUUCUACUGCUUACAAGACAUCAUGAGAGUCUGCAGUGAAUCCAGUACUCACUUUGCUACAGUAACAGCUAGAAUGUUAAUUUACUUGGAUAAGUGGUUAGAAGAACGGCAUUCACAAUCCCAUUCAAUCCCCGCUUUAUUCAGACCAUCUCCCUUGGAGCGGAUUAAAACAAAUGUCACAAACCCUGCAUACUCUGUUGAACCUGGGCAGAAAGAGAGCUCACUUCAUAUGGGAUACACAGCGUUGGAAAUCAAGAGUAAAAUGCUGGCACUUGAGAAGGCAGACAUGUGCAUCUACAACCCUUUAUUUGGCUCAGAUCUUCAGUAUACCAAUAGGGUCGACAAAGUGGUUAUAAAUCCAUACUUUGGACUCGGAGCCCCAGACUAUUCAAAAAUACAGAUUCCAAAACGUGAAAAGUGGCAACGCAGCAUGAGCAGUGUCAUGGAAGACAAGGAACGCCAGUGGGUUGAUGAUUUCCCUCUUCAUCGCAGUGCUUGUGAAGGAGAUUCUGAGUUAUUGAGUCAACUUCUCAAUGAAAACUUUUCAGUCAACCAGCUGGACAGUGAUCAUUGGGCGCCCAUCCAUUACGCAUGCUGGUAUGGUAAAGUUGAAGCUACUCGAAUGUUGUUAGAGAAAGGAAAAUGCAAUCCAAACUUGCUCAAUGGACAGCUCAGCUCGCCUCUUCACUUUGCUGCUGGGGGUGGGCAUGCCGAAAUUGUACAGAUUCUCCUAAACCACCCAGAAAUUGAUAGACACAUCACUGAUCAACAAGGAAGAACCCCACUGAAUGUCUGUGAAGAGAACAAACAAAAUGAGUGGGCAAAAACAGCCAACUUGCUGAAAGAGGCCGCAAACAAACAAUAUGAGAAGGUACGAAUUUAUCGAAUGGAUGGGUCAUACCGCUCUGUGGAGUUGAAACAUGGAAACAACACCACUGUGCAACAGAUAAUGGAAGGAAUGCGUCUUUCUCAAGAGACACAACAGUAUUUCACUAUUUGGAUCUGUUCUGAAAAUCUUAAUCUCCAGCUGAAACCAUAUCACAAGCCUCUGCAGCACGUUCGCGACUGGACAGAAAUACUCACUGAACUGACAAACCUGGAUCCUCAAAGGGAAACCCCACAGCUUUUCCUGAGGAGGGAUGUAAGACUUCCUUUAGAGCUUGAAAAAAAGACUGAGGAUCCACUGGCUAUUCUUAUCCUAUUUGAUGAGGCCAGGUACAAUUUAUUAAAGGGUUUCUAUACGUCACCUGAUGCCAAGCUGAUAACACUUGCAAGUCUGCUGCUGCAAAUAGUCUAUGGAAAUUAUGAAAGUAAAAAGCACAAGCAAGGCUUCCUAAAUGAAGAAAACUUAAAAUCUAUAGUACCAAUCACCAAAUUAAAAAGCAAGGCACCUCACUGGACAAAUCGAAUACUUCAUGAAUACAAGAAUCUCAGUACUAGUGAAGGCGUGAGUAAAGAGAUGCAUCACCUGCAGCGCAUGUUUUUGCAGACCUGCUGGGAGAUUCCUACCUAUGGGGCUGCUUUUUUCACAGGACAAGUAUUCACAAAAGCAAGCUCAAGCAAUCAUAAAGUCAUCAGAGUGUAUGUAGGUGUAAAUGUCAAAGGAUUGCAUCUUCUCAAUAUGGAAACAAAGGCAUUGCUCAUAUCUUUAAGAUAUGGUUGCUUUAUGUGGCAGCUAGGAGAUGGAGACAGCUGUUUUCAAAUACAUAGUCUGGAAAACAAAAUGAGCUUUAUAGUCCAUACCAAGCAGGCGGGACUUGUUGUAAAAUUGCUGAUGAAAUUAAGCAGCCAGCUGGUUCCCAGUGAAAGAAGUAACUGAAAUAAAUGGAGAAUGGUUAUGCAAUUAGCUACAUUAAGCACAUUUUUUGUUUCUGUAAAUAAAAGCCUUGCAUGUAUAUGAGUUGUACAGGAUGAAAUAUGCUCUCUAUUGGACUUCAUACAGGAGUUUAUUUGUUUAUUUGUAAAAUAGAAAACAGUAUAUCUGUUAUUUUUAUAAUAAUGUUGGGGGGUUUAUUUUAAAAACCGUAACAUGCAUUGAGAAAAAAUGUGCAUAUAACCAACAGCAGUUGAAAACGCAAUAGGAUGUAAGGCCCAUUGGAAACAAUAGGACUUACUUCUGAGUAAACUCGCAUAGGAUUACACUGUAAGUCUAUACAGCCGUACCUUGGUUUUCGAACAGCUGAGUUCUUGAACGUUUUGGCUCCUGAACACCGCAAACCUGGAAGUGAGUGUUCCGGUUUGCGAACUAUUUUUGGAAGCCAAAUGUCUGAUGGAGCUUCCGAUUGGCUGUAGGAGCUUUGUGCAGCCAAUCAGAAGCUGUGUUUUGGUUUUUGAACGUUUUGGAAGUCGAAUGGACUUCCGGAACAGAUUCUGUUCAACUCCCAAGGUACGACUGGAUUCUUGUUUAAAAUAGGCAAUAAAGACGAUUUUGCACCUCGGCUACCCAACAGAAGAUUGCUUUGCAGGUUUUACUACAUUCGUCUGUCAUAGCAUGUGUGAACUACCGUGUUUCUCAUAUUUUAAGACAUGUCUUAUAUUCUUUUUUACUCAAGAAAAUAAGCCUAUGGCUUAUUUUCGGGGGUGUCUUAUUUUUUGCCGAGCCCCAACUGAGCGGGAACCAGCAAAGACAGCAGCCCGCCGCCGACUUGGAGCUCGAGCCGGCAAA